UUCAGAAAGAAAUGGAUAAAUUGUAGCAAUCGAAACACACUUUUGAAAUAAAUAUUCAUCACAAAAUCAAUUUAAUAUUAUAAAAGUGCUUGUAUUAACUUUAUGAAGUUAAGCGCUGAAACGAUGAUAAACCAAAGAAAACGAAACAUUAACCAAUCAAGUAUUAUCGCAAACAUGAUUGGUUAAAAUAUUUCACACGGUUUUACAUAGCGCGAAGUUUAAUUACGAAAAAAAUUCAAAGUGAUAUUUAUCGAAUGUAAUCUUCACAAUAAUAGCAAUAGAUUUCUAUAUAAAUUGUAUAUAAAUUUUCUUUGUUAACAGUAUUAUGAUACUUAUAUAACUGCCGUACUGUUUAUAUAAUAUAACGUUCUUUUCUUCGGACAUAUGUAUUACGUAUUUGCUGGCAUAUGUUAUAGGUUAGAUGAUUGUGUAGACGUUACGUUCUGAAGUUAGAUUAUAUUUAUUUGUUAACGAUAUAAGCAGGCCCUUUAUUUUUUUACACAAAAAUUAUGAUAUUAUUAAAACGAAAUUCUCAAUCGAUAUAUUAUUCGAUAUAUAAAUAUGUCUUAUUUAUCAUAUUCGUUAUAAGUACUGCAUCACUUUUUAUAUAUUUAAAUAGAAUCCAACCACAUUAUUUUAUUGAUGAAAUGUUUCAUAUACCUCAAACUUUGCAGUAUUGUGAUGGAAAUUUUACAGUGUGGGAUUCUAAAAUAACAACUUUACCUGGCCUAUAUUUUCUUAGUGCUGCAAUAUUAUCUCCUGUAAAUCUUUGUAAUAUAUUGUAUAUAAGAUGUAUCAAUUUAUUUGGUACAUUUGCAAAUCUUUACCUUACUUAUUCUUUAAUGAAACAAAUACAUAAAAAUAAAUGGGAAGACUGGAUGCAGUUAGAAAUAGCAUAUAAUAUUACAAUGUUCCCUCCAUUGUUUUUCUGGUUUUUUCUAUAUUAUACGGAUGUUGUAUCUGUUAACAUCGUUUUAUUGAUGUUAUUAUUACAUUUUCGAACAUAUUACAAAAUUUCAGCUUUCGUUGGAUUAUUAAGCAUACUGAUCAGACAAACAAAUGUCAUUUGGGUUAUAUUUCUUGCCAUGGAACGUCUUGUGGAUUUAUUACAUCAACAUAUGCAAAAACCUAUAACGUCUAAUGUCAUAAAUAGACCGGUUCAUUUAAAGUUAUUAUGGAAGAGUAUAAUGGACAAAGUAAAUAUUGGUAAAAUUUCAUUUAUUAAAUUCCUUAUUGAAAUAUGUAUUAAUCUUUUUCCCUACAUAAUAGUAGGUGUAAUAUUUUUAAUCUUUCUUAUUUGGAAUGGAGGUAUUGUGGUUGGAGAUCAUACUGCACAUGUACCUGUGAUUCAUAUAUCACAAUUAUUUUAUUUUUCUGUUUUUAUAUUUUCUUUCUUAUGGCCUUACAUGAUCCCACAUUAUUUAAUAUUUUUUCAAAAUAUUCAGAAUCACUGGAUCUUAUCGAGUUUCAUUUUUGCACUUAUAACAGUUAUAGUCCAUUGUAAUACUCUUGUUCAUCCAUAUGUAUUAGCAGAUAAUAGGCAUUAUACAUUUUAUAUAUGGAACAAAUUUAUGGGCAAAUAUGUUAUUUUCAGAUAUAUCUUAAUACCUGUAUAUUGUUUUACGAUUUAUAGUACACUGUAUGGUAUAAGUCAUAUAAGAUUUGCAACACAAAUUAAUUUUAUUUUCUGCACAGUUAUUGUUCUUAUACCACAGUUAUUAUUAGAACCACGAUAUUUUAUUAUCCCAUAUAUUUUUUAUCGUUUAAGUAUGAGAAAACCCAAAACUUGGCAAAUUGUAAUGGAAUCAUUUACGAAUGCAAUUAUUAAUUUUUUACAAUUUUUUAUAUUUGUUAAUAAAGUAUUUUAUUGGGAAGAUCAAACUUAUCCCCAAAGAAUAUCUUGGUAAGAUAAUAAUUUCGAAAAUAUAUAAUCGAUUAACCGUUAAUAAAGCCAUGAAUCUAUUUUGAUCAGAUUCAAAAAGCACAUAUAUCAUUAAUAGUAUAUUCAUUAUAAAAUAAAAGGAUUUAUUAGUUUAUAUUACAUGUUGAACCCGAUGACGAAGUCGUAUCUAAGAUAUAAUUAGAUAUACAUUUCAUUUCUGGAUGAUUUCGUUUUAGUAUCUUAAAAUAGACUAGUACAGACUUUAGCACACACAUAUUCAAGCUUUGCUAUUUUCUUUCCAUUGUGCUAAUUUUAAAUUAAGACUUUUUAAUUGUGGUUAUUUUUUGUUAUCUUCAAUAACAUGUAAUAUAUUUACAAGGUACUAUAAAUCGAUUGAAAAUUAUUAAAAUAAAAUAAAGAUUGUUCUCCUUUUUUUUUCUUUUUUUUUUUUUAAACAAAAUACAAACUUGUUCUUUAUUUUUUUUUAUUUAGUAUUUGUUCAUCAUAUACAGUCUCUGUAGUUCCAAUAUUAACAGUCACACGAAAUUAGAAUAAAUUGAUGAAUGAAUUUGAGAAUUCUUCUUACAUGUAUGAAAACAAUUUUUUUUCCAUAGUAUUUGUGAUCAUUUCUCGCAUAUAAUAAUUUUAUAGUAUUUUUAUCACUAAUGUUUCACGCGUACAUACGCGUAGCAUGAUCCAUAAUAUACAUGAUUUAAAUUUGACGAUUUAUAUAAUAAAAAUCAUUUCGACGCUUGUGUAACUUUCAUUCUUUUCGUCAUUAAUCUCUUUUUAUAAUUAUCGUCAAAAAAUGUACCAUAUACAAUUUGGAAAGCAUAUGUACAUUUGAAUAUUGGAAUCCUAUAAGAAAAUGAUUCCAAAUUUAUAAACACGAGUUUAAUUUCAUUUAUAUUAUUUAUCGAGAAAGAGUGAUACUUUUGUUUACUGUUGACAUUAUUAAUAUAAUAGAACAUAUUCUUUGAAUUUCAUUAUUGUAUUUAUCAUAUUAUUGCUUGAUAUUCUUUACAUUAGUAUAAUGCAUCUACAAUAUACUAUAUAAUGUAAGAAAUAACAACAAAUCUCCAAAUUAAGUCUAAAUGAACUUAAUUAUCAUGGAAUUAUUAUGGGAUGACAGCAUUAAUUAAACUUAAUUAUAUCUAAUUUUUCGUUUAUAUUUUAAAAGGAAUUAUUAAGUAGAUAGUUCGAUAGAAAAAUCAUAAAACGUAUACUUGACAAAUAAAAACUAUAUAAAGAUUUUUUUGUACAUUGCAAAAUGAUUUGCAGCAAAAAUAUAUAUAUGUAUACGUACAUAUUUGUCUUUUACCGACGAUAAAUGGAAUAAUCCGAUCUUGCAUCUCUCGCGUUAUACCUGAUUUUUACAACAUCGCUCGUAAUAUAUAUAUAUAUAUAUAUAUAUAUAUAUAUAUAUAUAUAUAU